CGAAAUACAAAGUCUACAUCCGCAACAACUAUCAAUAUCAUAUCAUGUCAUAUCAAAACUAUUUUCUGAUGAAUUUGACUUUAUCCUACCAAAGCCACCCACCAACCACAUUUGAUCCGCUCACCACUACCCCAUAAAGCUGAAUCCAUUUUAUUCCUUUGCUUCAAUCAAAUUCUAAUUCGCAAAAUAAAGUUAUUGAAUUCAAUUGAAUUUGAUUCAAAACCCUGAAAAAAGAGGGCAAGAAAGAAAAUAAAGAAUGUGCCCUUUGAGAAUCAUUCUCAUAUUCUUGUCAGCAACACUCGCGGGUUUCUUUGUUCUCAGAAACCUCAGAUCUCAACCUCAGCUCAACGAAGGCAAUGAUGAUCCUUCUUUAACAAAUUCUGCUCCUACAUAUCCCAAACCCUCCGAUUCUUCAAAAUUUUCAAUUACAAAGGUUCGCGCUGCUUUAGAAUCUGGGUUUUGGUCCUUCCUUGACAUGGCUAGCGGGCGUUACCUUUGGAGACAUAUCGUCUCUUCCUCUACAAAACGGUCUUGUUGAUUUGCCAAUAAAAUUGUUAUGUUUAAUACUGUUAUUAAACCUAAUUCAGCUGUAUGAUCAUGAAUUCAUUAUAGAAAGAGGGAGAAA